GGGUUGCGCAGGCGCGGUGGAGUCACCGGGACACAGAUCGAAGCCGGAGAAGAAGGGGGCGCCGCCGGGAUCAGUGCUUCUUCCUGUCGCUGUCCUCUGUCCUCAGGGAGUAGCCCCUUCCUCCCCGGGGGUGUGGGGUUUGGUGAGCGCCGUGAGCCCGGAGCAGGAGCGCGGGGAUCCAGGAGGAGAACUAAAAGCCAGGCAUGGCCACAACAGAGGUUACAGUGAAGACUCUGGACUCCCAGAGCAGGACAUACACAGUUGAAGAAGAGCUUACAGUCAAAGAGUUCAAAGAACACAUCUCUAGCUCUGUGAACAUCCCAGCGGACAAGCAGAGGCUCAUUUAUCAGGGUCGGGUCCUGCAAGAUGACAAGAAGCUGAAAGAUUAUGAUGUCCACCACAAAGUCAUCCAUUUGGUCGAGCGCGCUCCGCCACAAGCGCAGCCAGCCACUGGAGGGUCUUCCUCGGCGGGUGCUUCCAUGCCACACCCCGGAGGCACGCGAGGGACUCCAGCUGGGCCGCAUGACAGGAAUGCCAACAGUUAUGUGAUGGUGGGCACCUUCAAUUUGCCAGUCAACCUUCUAGACCCUCAGCAGAUACAGCAAUCAGUACAGCAGGUGAUGGCAGGUUUGGGUGAGGCUGGUCGGAAUACACGAGUCACAACUUCCACCGGGAAUGACGGAUCGUCGGUGGAUGUGCACAUCAAUGUGGAACAGAGUCCCAUCCAGAGUGAGCCGAGAGUUCGCCUGGUGUUGGCCCAGCACAUGCUGAGAGACAUUCAAGGGAUCUUGAACAGACUCGAGGGUCAUACAAAUGGCACUCCGCAGGAGGCAGCACAGAGCCCUGUGGGUACCACAAGCUUGCCAGGAGAACCUGUAACACCAACAGCACCAGUAGCAGGAGAGACCAUGGAGACGUCCAGCACAGAGCCCCAAGCAGCUGCAACUGUCCCGCCUCCAGAAGCUGCGGCAGAGGGUAGCUCCCAGGAGAGUACAAGCACAUCAACAGCCACCGAACCCAAUGUGGGCUCAUCCUCAGCUACCACGCAGACCGAAGAAGCUCCGCCUGGGCCCAACCACCCAUCCCCGACAGAGUAUCUCGAGGUUCUGACCGAGCUGCAGAGAGUUGAGGCAAGACUGCAGCCAUUUGUGCAGCGAUACCAGGAGAUCCUGAGCACAGCCACAACCGCGGACUACAACAACAAUAUUGAAGGCAGAGAAGAAGACCAGAGAAUCAUCAACCUUGUAGGAGAAGCCCUUCGUUUCUUGGGCAACACCUUUGUGGCUCUGUCUGACCUCCGGUGUAACCUGGCGGCUAAUACUCCCCGUCACCUGCAUGUGGUGAGGCCAAUGUCCCAUUAUGCUUCACCUGUGGUGCUGCAGCAGGCUGUGCCCAUUCAGCAGAUCAAUGUUGGAACAACAGUCACCAUGACGACCAAUGGCAGCCGGGCACAACACAAUGCCGAGGGGCAGACAGCAGCCUCACCGACCGCCAGUGCAACUCCUGCUGCCCAACCGCAGGGCACAGAGUCGCGGGAAGUGCCGGAGACCCAAGGCUCGCAGGCUCAGACCCAGACUCCGCAUCCCCGGGUCAUCCGCAUCACGCACCAAACCAUGGAGCCCGUUGUCAUGAUGCAGAUGAAUCUACAAGGAGAUUCUGCGACAACUGGGAAUGCUUCUGCAGCUGCCUCAUCUGCAGCCGGGAGUGCUGGACCAGGUGCUAUGCCCCACAUUCAGAUCCCAGGGAUAACGCCUGAAUUCAUGCAGACCAUCAUGCACCAGAUUACGCAGCAGGCAAUGGCAGCAGCUGGCGCGAGCUCAGGACAACAGGUUCCCGGGUUUCAACCUUCACCUGCCCGAGUGGUAAUUACCAGACCACCACCACCUCCCCCACGACAGACCCAGCCAGCAUCAGCACCACAACCUGGCACCCAGGCUCCUCCUGGUUCCAGCCCUGCCCCUGAUCCAAGCACCAACCCUGGCCCUGCCACUCUGGCUCAGAUGAUCACUGGACUGGUUGGGCAGCUUCUGAUGCAGCCUGUUGUCUUCACCCAGCCCACCACUUCCGACACCAGCUCCUCGGCAGCCACCGGCACCAGUACGACAGCCCACUCGGCCACCACUACCUCUGCCACGGCUGGUCAAGCCCCCACCUCCACCACCAACUCCACUGGGACUACCUCCUCGGCCACGGCCGACGGCAACGGCCAGCCCCCGGCCCCGCCUGACUCCCAGUUCUCGCAGCUUCUGGGCAACCUCCUGGGAGCAGCCGGCACCGGCGGCGUUGCCAGCAUGGGCUCGCCCACCAUCACCGUGACCUUGCCUGGGAUGCCGGCCUUCGUGCAGGGAAUGUCUGAGUUUCUGCAGGCGGCUCAGGGAGCUGCGACGGUGCCACAGCCAACUCCUCAAGCUGCUCCCCAGCCGGCGACUCAGGCUGCGCCCCCACCUCCAUCCCAGUCGCAGCCGAGCCAGGAAAGAGGCAACAGACAGCAGGCGGGAGCAGACACCCUGACGCCAGAGUUCUUCACCAGCGUGGUGCAGGGCGUGCUGUCCUCCAUGAUGGGCUCGUUGAACGCACAGCAGGGCAGCACGGAGAGCAUCGCUGAUUUCAUCCAGCGACUGAGUGGCACCAGCAACAUCUUCGAGCCAGGAGCAGACGGAGCUCUAGGAUUCUUCGGCGACCUCCUGUCUCUCAUCUGCCAGAAUUUCUCUAUGGUGGACAUGAUCAUGUUGCUGCACGGCCAGUUCCAGCCACUGCAGCGCAUCCAACCACAGCUCAACAGCUUCUUCCGCGAGCAGUACCUCAACAACCAGGAGCCAACAGAGCAAAACAUCCGGGCAUCAACAGAUGUCUUGAUAAAUGGUUUGGAGGAGUACAUCCAGGAAAGUUUUGCAUCUGUUGUGGUGCGAGAUGAAGUAGACAUUACACGCACAAAUUUGGACUUCUUACGGGAGCAGUUCAACAAGAUCGCUGCACACAUUCUCCGAUGCACUGAUGCUAGCUUUGGUCACCGACUGCUGGAGUUGUGUAAUCAGGCUCUGUUUGAGUGCUUGGCAUUGAACCUGUACAGUCUACGAGGAGAACAAAGCGCGCUGACCACAGUGAUCAAUGAUCGGAUUCGGCGUAUGUCAGUGGAUGUUAAUCCUUCACUGGUGAACUGGCUGACCACUAUGAUGGCGAUGAGGCUACAGGUGAUCCUGGAGCACAUGCCAGUGACAGAGGAGCAGAUUCUGCAAUACGUCAGGAGGAGGGAGCCUCAUCACCAGGAGCCAGAAGCACAGCAGGACAUGCCUGAGGAACGCAUGGAGGAACAUCCAGUAGAAUCUGAAGAAGCUACGCAGGAAGUACCACAGAGGAAAGACUCGACUGCUUCUCCUGCUCCCGCCACCACCGCGGAGGAGGUGAUGUCGACUGAGCCUACGGUAUCUAUCGGCGCAGACGCCGCGCAGAGGGAAGGGUCGGAGGCAGAGCCUUGGGUGGCUGCCGUGCCGCCGGAGUGGGUGCCCGUUAUCCGACAGGACAUCCAGACCCAGAGGAAAAUGAAACCACAGCCGCCGCUCAGUGAUGCCUACCUCAGCGGCAUGCCAGCUAAACGUCGUAAGACGAUGCAGGGUGAAGGCCCACAACUCUCGCUAGCAGACGCUGUGGGGAAAGCCGCAAAGGCUGCAGGCGUCAAGCCGGUCACCAGCGCAGAGAGCCUGACUAGAGACCUGGAGAAAGCAGAGGCACAAGAAGCCUACAGGCAACAGAUCCAAUCCGACAUCCAGAAGAGGAUAAGAGAAGACCCGGAAUACAGCGCGCAGCGGUUUCCAAAUACACACACUGCCUUUGAGGAGCACUCCUAGUGCCUCGGCCCAGCACCCUCCACCCCCACCACCACCUCCUGUCACCCAACCCCCGCCUCCGCCGAGACUUUUGAGCUACUUGUCCGAAUUCUAACCAGGGAGCGAGCAGAAGGUUCAGAUGUUGUGCAGGUCCCGUCAAGCAUCCAGUCAUUGUCCACACUGUUUAAUUAUUCCCCUCUUGCCACUGGGCUCCGAGUGUUGCACAUUUUUUUGUUGUUUUGUUCUCACUGUUAAAUAAAGUAUCACGGCUCAGUGCAGCAGUGAAGCCUGAUAAACUU